CAUUUACAAAAAAUAUUAGCAUUUAGAAAACGUUUUAUCACAUACGAGUAACUUUUUUACCAGUAGUAUUAUAGAUAAACAACAUAGUAUACAACAUUACGAAUCUAAAAGGAGAAACCGUAUUCAUUCUCUCUAUUCUCAAAUCAAGAAUACACGCUUUUACAAGAUGAGUUUCUUUUUCUAGUGCAUGUCUUCAUCCUCCCGAUUGUUAGACACAAUUCUAAAAUCAUCGUCUCAGUUUAAAAGAUUAAUUAAAACACAGUAAAAGAAUAAAACUUCAUGCAGCUAAUUGAGGUGCUAAGGUUGUUUGACUCUCCUUUAAGUCAAGAGCAAUGUUGGGCAAUCUGUUAUGGCGCCUGUCGAACUUUGAACAAAAAAAGAGCAGAAGAUUUUCAAAGACAUGAAAAAAUAAAAUAUAUUAUAAGUUUUGAAUCUUUGCUACUGACUCAAAGAGGAGAAAUUGAAAUUUUACAUUCGGAGCCCCACUACGGUAUUCCUCAAAAAGAUUCUGAAAUAAUAUUCAACUUGGGAAACCUUUUAUGUCGAUGUUUGGAUUAUGGGUUAAAUGAGACUGAGAUUGAAGACGUUAAAUUCACAGAUGAUAUGGCUGAACUUAUUGGAGGAAUGGUUUUGCAAAGUAGCGAGUUUGAUGAGGGAAUAGGUGACUUAGAUAGCCUUUCAGAAAGCUGGGAAAGUAAACGUUUAAAUACUUGCCGCAAUUUUAAAGCGCUUAUUGAAAUAACUCAAUUUUGUGAAAAGCGUCGAUUAAGUCGAAAUGUUUCAGAAAGCAAAAAACAUUACUUAAACGUGUGCAAAGCACUUUAUAUCGAAGCAUCAGAACUCAAAGCAUUUUUAGGACAUGUAAUGUGUGAUUUUAUUAUUGAUCGUUAUGAUUCAUUUGAAAAAAGCCAAGAGCUUGCAAAACUAUACUUACAGGAUUGGGCGAGCUUAUGGGUGCGUGUAAUGAACGAAUUGCGGCUAAAUACAGCAAAGUAUAGAGCAAUUUUCCCCGAAGAUUACCAAUAUGUUACCUAUGAAGUAAGUCCAUUAGAUCGUAAGAUUCGCAAGAGAAACCUUUCAUUUUUACCUGAUGAUGCUGAAAAUAUGGUUUACAAUUUUCUUCGUAGCAGAAUGACCAGUUUAGAUUCAAGAGCCGAUAGUGUUUGGGAAUUGAAUCAAUCGGGUAGUUUAUCUUCUAAAGAAGAGAUUGUCGAUGAAAAUAAUACGAAAAAAAUAAAACUAAGUAUAGAUAAAAAUUUAAUAAAUAAAAUUGAAUCUUGGAAUAUUGAAAAUGAUAUAAGCAAUAUAAGCUUUCAACAACCAGAUAAAGUAUUAAUAUAUAAUGAAAGUUAUUUUGAUUCCACGACAUCCACGACAAACAAAAUCGACCAUAAUUUAAUAGUGAAAACAAAUGAGGUAAUGCAUUCACAAGGCAUAACUUUUGACUCCAGCUUCUCCAAAAGUUUGAUGGAUUUAGAUGAAAUUGAUCUUAGCAAAGAAGAUGAUGCUUUUACAGAUAAAAAGAUUGGCGUUAGUAUGAUCGAAAUUUUGAAGAUUCGACAAGAGUUAACGAGAUCCGAAUUUGAAAGUUCUUCCGAUGUAAACUUUAUUAAUGGAAAAAAAUGUUUUAUUUGUCGAAAAGUGAAAUUCUCAAUAUUUCAACGCGCCAGAGUCUGUGCAAUAUGUUGUAAGAAAUGCUGUUUAAAAUGCAUGGUGGAAAAUUUUCAGAUACCUAACCAUUUAGUAAAUACAUUACCUUCAAAUUUAAAUGUGACGUAUGGUAAUCGAAACUUGAUAUAUUCCAAAUGGAAUCUAGAUAUUAGUGAUUUCCAUAUUUCGCGAUGUUACAGCACAGAUAACUUGAUUAUGAAUAAAAGAAAAAAUAGAAUAUUAUUAAAUAUUUGCGUUGUUUGUAAAGAACUACUAGAAAGUAUUGAACAAGAAAGAAAGAUGAAACGUACAACGUAUUUAGGGCUUGAUAACUAAUUAGGAGAAAAAAUAUAUAUAAAAAAUUCGCGUGUAAAUUGUUUAUAUUUAAGUAAUAUUUAUUUAGAAAUAAAAAAAUUCUAGUAA